CGCACAUGGCCUGGUCGUAGGCCGCGCCUCCUCCUUUGGAGUUUUCUCGUCCGGCCGAGCGGCGGCUUCUCGCCAUGCAGGAGACCGAGGAGAGCCCGGCGGCUCCGGCUUCGGCCCCGGAGGAGGCCGGCUCGGCCCCGGAGGAGGGCAGCCGGGCCGAGGAGGAGGAGGGCAGGCCGGCCGAGGAGGAGGCCGGCCGGACCGAGGAGGCGGAGGCCGAACCCGAGCCCGAGGCGGCGGAGCCCGAAGCGCCCGAAGCGAAGCCCGAGGCAGCGGGCGAGGCCGAAGAGGCGGCUGAGGAGGGGGACGGCGAGCCGGCCUCACCUCCGCCGCCUCCUACUCCCGAGGAGACCACUGAGGAGAGCCCCGCCCUGAGGGAGGAGGAGGAGGAGGAGGAAGAGGGCAAGGAGGAAGAAGAGGAAGAGGAGGGCAAGGAGGAGGAGGAAGAGGAGGAGGAGGAAGGCUCCGAGGAGAAGCCCCCCGAGGGGAAAGGCGAGCCGGAGGAGGAGGAGGAGGAAGACGAGGGCGUCUCCUUCAGCGACCCCGAGGGAUUCGUGGAUGAUAUCGAGGAGGAAGAGUUACUUGAAGACAUUUUUCAAGAACGUCCUCAGGAGGCAGAUGGGAUCGAUUCGGUGGUCGUCGUGGACAACGUCCCCCAGGUCGGGCCAGACCGUCUCGAGAAACUGAAGAACGUCAUCCAUAAGAUUUUCUCCAAGUUUGGGAAAAUCACCAAUGAGUUUUACCCGGAAUCUGAUGGGCAGACGAAAGGAUAUAUUUUCCUGGAAUACACGUCUCCCACCCACGCUCUGGAUGCCGUGAAAAACGCAGACGGCUACAAGCUGGACAAACAGCACACCUUCAGGGUCAACCUCUUCACUGACUUCGACAAGUACAUGAACAUCAGCGAUGAUUGGGAGAUCCCCGAGAAACAGCCUUUUAAAGAUCUGGGGAAUUUGCGGUACUGGUUGGAGGACCCGGAUUGCCGCGAUCAGUACAGCGUGAUCUUUGAAUCGGGAGAACGAACCACCAUUUACUGGAAUGACGUCAAGGAACCUGUCUCCAUCGAAGAAAGAGCUCGAUGGACGGAAACUUACGUGCGCUGGUCUCCAAAGGGCACCUACCUGGCUACCUUCCAUCAGAAAGGUAUCGCUCUGUGGGGCGGAGAGAAAUUCAAGCAGAUCCAGAAAUUUGGCCACCAAGGGGUUCAGCUCAUCGACUUCUCGCCUUGCGAAAGAUACAUGGUGACCUUCAGUCCUCUGAUGGACACACAGGACGAUCCUCAGGCUAUUAUUAUAUGGGACAUCCUGACAGGACAGAAGAAGAGAGGGUUCCACUGCGAAAGCUCGGCCCACUGGCCCAUUUUUAAGUGGAGUCACAGCGGCAAAUUCUUCGCUCGGAUGACUUCCGAUACGCUCAGCAUCUUCGAGACGCCCUCGAUGGGUCUGUUGGACAAGAAGAGUUUGAAAAUCAGCGGGAUCAAAGAUUUUUCCUGGUCUCCGGGUGGCAACAUCAUAGCAUUCUGGGUGCCAGAAGACAAGGACAUUCCCGCAAGGGUGACGUUGAUGCAGCUGCCCUCCAGGCAGGAGAUCAGAGUCCGGAACCUGUUCAACGUGGUGGACUGCAAGCUGCAUUGGCAGAAGAACGGGGAUUACCUGUGUGUGAAAGUGGACCGGACCCCCAAGGGUACACAGGGUGUAGUGACCAACUUUGAAAUAUUCCGCAUGCGAGAGAAGCAAGUUCCAGUUGAUGUAGUAGAAAUGAAAGAAAGCAUCAUAGCCUUCGCUUGGGAGCCAAACGGAAGCAAGUUUGCUGUGCUGCACGGAGAAACGCCACGGAUAUCUUGCUCCUUCUAUCACGUGAAGAACAACGGGAAGAUCGAGCUCAUCAAAAUCUUCGACAAACAGCAAGCAAACACGAUAUUCUGGAGUCCUCAAGGACAGUUUGUGGUGCUGGCUGGACUCAGGAGCAUGAACGGUGCCUUAGCCUUCGUCGACACAUCCGACUGCACCAUGAUGAACAUCGCCGAGCAUUACACAGCCUCGGACGUGGAAUGGGACCCCACCGGCCGAUACCUCGUGACUUCGGUGUCUUGGUGGAGUCACAAGGUGGACAACGCCUUCUGGCUGUGGACGUUCCAAGGUCGUCUCCUCCAGAAGAACAACAAAGACCGAUUCUGCCAGUUGCUGUGGAGACCCCGGCCGCCUACUCUGCUCACGCAGGAUCAAAUAAAGCAAAUCAAGAAAGACCUGAAGAGAUAUUCCAAAAUCUUUGAACAGAAAGAUCGUCUGAGCCAGUCUAAAGCCUCGAAGGAGCUGGUUGAUAGGAGAAGGACGAUGAUGGAAGAGUUCAAGAAAUACCGCAAGAUGGCCCAGGAGCUGUACUUGGAGCAAAGGAACGAAAGGCUGGAGUUGCGAGGCGGUGUGGACACAGAUGAGCUAGACAGCAACGUGGAAGAUUGGGAGGAGGAGACCAUUGAAUUUUUUAUCAAUGAAGAAAUUAUCCCCGUUACAGAGUCGGAGUAGUCCGAAAGCCGUGCGCCAGCAUAUCUCGUACCAAGAAAGAAGCCACUCGUUUUUCGGAAGGCCUUUACACAUCUUUGGAAAUUUUAAAACCCAUCUUCUCUCUCUGGACGGUUGAAUGAGCAGGGGUCGUUCAGUCUGACACUGUAGUGCCUUCUCUGUCCUCACUGCCUUCUGUGGGGUCUUUCGACAGGCACUGCUUUUACAUUUUUAUUCCUGUAUCGGAGGAGGGUCAAGUUUUCUUCUUUUUGUUUCAAGAAAAGGAAUCCACCGCCAGCAUUCGCGGCUCGACUCCCCAGAGGCGCUCCCUAAAAUCAAGUUGCUCAACAGAGCUGUCUCCCUCAACAGGCAGCCACGAUGCGUCCGUUUGCUGAAGACUUUUCCGGUGUCCCAGGCGCACGGAUGGGAAUGGAUUUCGGGUGGGGGGAAACCAGCAAGAGGGCAGUUCUCUGCACCGUGGGCGUCAGCGUGCCCCCAGGACACUAUAGCGGGCUUUACCCUCCUCCUUUCAGAUUGUGGCAGUUGAACAUGGAAAUAAAGCAGACCUAUAUGCUUAACAAA